GAUUGGACAGCACUUUCGCGAGGGCGGGGCCCAUGACGCCGCUGACUUGGACUAAAGAAAGACGCCAUUUUGUUUUUAGCGGCGAGGAGGAGAACCGGAAAAAAAUUGUAGCGAAACUGCACCAAAAGAUCUGCCACCAUGGGGAAUAUGUUUGCAGGCCUCUUUAAGAAUCUCUUUGGGAAGAAAGAGAUGAGAAUUCUGAUGGUGGGCUUGGAUGCUGCUGGAAAGACCACCAUCCUGUACAAACUGAAACUGGGAGAAAUAGUCACCACCAUCCCCACCAUCGGUUUUAAUGUUGAGACAGUAGAGUAUAAGAACAUCAGCUUCACUGUGUGGGAUGUGGGUGGUCAGGAUAAGAUCCGGCCACUUUGGAGGCACUAUUUCCAGAACACACAAGGCCUGAUUUUUGUUGUGGACAGUAACGAUAGAGAGCGAGUGAAUGAGGCGAGGGAGGAGUUGACGAGGAUGCUGGCAGAGGAUGAAUUGAGAGAUGCUGUGCUGCUCGUCUUUGCCAACAAGCAGGAUCUGCCCAACGCGAUGAACGCAGCCGAGAUCACAGAUAAGCUGGGCCUUCAUUCCCUGCGUCAUCGUAACUGGUACAUCCAAGCCACCUGCGCCACCAGUGGGGAUGGCUUGUAUGAAGGGCUCGACUGGCUGUCCAACCAGCUCAAAAACGCUAAAUGAUCCAUUCCAACCUCUUCUCUUCUGUCAGCGCUGUGUGUGUAUGAAUGUGUGUGAAGGGUGACAGCACUGGUUUCAGUCUCGCCGGUUACCCAGUUGAUCUAUUUCUUUCUCUUGUUCAGUCUUGUAUACAUCAGAGGCUCUGCCCAGUGCUGUCUAAAAUGCACAUGCAAGAGUGUGUGUGUGUGUACAUGUAUGUGUGUGUGUGAACUGAGGGUGGGAGUAGCCUUGCUGUGCCUUUCAAAAUAGACACUCAGUGUACAGCACGGUUCUCUCUUUCUCUCUCUUCUCCCUCCUCUCCCCGUGGUUUUCUGCACGCAAAGAAUGACCCAGGAUGUUAAAUAUUUGUUACCUAAUACACUGAAACCAGACUAUAGGCCUGAUUUGUCCCUUUCCCAAUGUUUAAAGCAAUCACGCAUGUCUAAAAUGUUGCAAGGUGUGAGUUGCCAUCCUUUGACCCCACAUUUGAUAGAACUCAUUGUAACCUGCAUCAGGUUGGGAAAAAAGAAGGAAAAAAAUCAGACAAUAAAGUGACAUUUCUUUUGCAUCCAUUCUUCUUCGCGUUAUUUGAAAAUCAUGCUAAUGCUUUUAGGUAUGUCACAUGAUGCUUUCCAUGUGAACACCAGCUCUCUUUCCCUACUUCGGUCCUCAGUAUAGCACAUUCAAGCACAAGCCUGUGAAACCUUUCGUUUACACAAAGUCAGUUUGUAGAAUGUCUUAAAACUAUUGCCUGUGGGGAAGAAAUCAUUUGACCCUGAGUUUUUUUGGAUCUUGCUGAUCAUCCAAGCAGAUCCCAGGCACUAACUAACAGCCUUACAUGUGUUUUGAUUGCCAUGUAAGAGGCGACUGCAGAAGUGAGGAGUGUUUGUAGGAGGAUGGAAGGAGUGAGCGCCUUCUGCUGGAGUAGCGAGGCCUUUUGCGAGCUGCUCCCGCUCCAGUGAUUCUCUUUUAGCUCUUUUUCUUUUUUUACGGUUGUGAUAAUUUUUUCAUUAUUAUGGUCUCUUUCAAGUUGUCCUGCAUCAUAUGUACAGUCAGAAUCUCAUGAGUGUUCAGGUGAAGCCACUAAGGGCUUUUUGAAAUGCAAGAUAGAUAGAUGAAGAUCCAGGCUGAUGCAGAGUCGCCAACGAGCUCCAGUGGUUCCUUAGUUGGUUCAUGAUGUAUGAGAGAAUUGCAGAACAGCUGCAGGUAAAAAUGCUAACUCGUCCAACCAGCUAUAGUCCUCCCUGUUUCAUAUUUCACAUUUCUUUCCUCCUUCCUUGUUUAUCUCUUUAUCUGUUGAUGGCUGCUCUACCUGAUGCACCAGUCCAUUAAAAAAACAAGUCACUGAUAGAAUCAAGCACCAGCAGAGAGUUGUUCGCUUGAAGAAUGUGUGCAUGCAUCUCCUAAUAUUCUAAAACUGACAAACACGAUUUAUUUUCUGUCAUAUUCCAAAGGCAACUGCAGUGUUGAAUACAGCAUUAAACAUUCUGCUGUAAAGAUCCCAGUGGUUCUAACCCUGUACUGACCUCUCACAAGGGAAUAGGUGACGUUUUAUGGUGUGUGGAACUUGAUAGCAUCUUGAAUGCAUUUUAUUCAUUUGUUUUCUUCCCCUUUUGUCUGUCACCAAAAUUCAUGUUUCAUAACUCUAAUAAUAAUGUUUUUUGGCCUUUUAGUUAUUAUGAUACAGAUCUACUGUAGAUAAAGAUUUAUUUGAAUAAGCAUCAUCAAUGAUAAGUAAUUAAAGUGUAUGAGUAUGAAAAUGUAUUUAGCUUGCAGAUUUCAUGUAGCUAUCCUAUGUUCAGAUGUGAAGCUUUAAUUUCAAAAAUUCUGUAAAAUAGUAGAAGCAAGGCACGUGUACACGUUUUCUUUUACUUAAAUGGUUUUUGUUUAGCUUUUUUUUUAAAACCCCAUCUUGUAACAUCUGAUAAAUGCACUAUAAUAAAGAGAUAUCUAUUACAA